AUGGAUCGGAUUCCGACUACAGACUCUCCGCCCAGCAGCCUAACACAGCCAGCGCCACUGACAGAAGAAUUAAUUCUCGAAAGAGAAGAUGAUCAAGAUUGGGGCGAUGUCGUCGGCUCCGAUGAAGAGCCCGAUGUUGAAUUCGCCUGUGAAGACAUUAACCUCUACCCUAGAGGUUUCUGCUACCCACUAUCUAUCAGUGAGAUUAUUGUCGAGCGAUAUCGCAUUAUCCACGAACUUGGCCAUGGCGCUUUUUCAACGGCUUGGAUGGCGCAGGAUAUGCUUGAGAACAGAGGCGUGGCGCUCAAGAUCUUGAUGCUGGGGAGUCCUGACGACCGUGAUUAUCACAUGCAGAGCGAGAUAAUUGGCAAAGCAAUAGACUUGACUUAUUUUUUGGUUUAUCAUCGAACAUUCCUGCUCCCGACCCCUCACGGCCAACAUCGCGUCUUUGUACUUCCUCUUCAAGAACCAAACUUGAGAAAUCACCCACCCAGAAAAACGCCCAUUGCUACAAGAAUGGCAUUUGCAGCACAAUUACUCCAGGCCUUGAAGGCACUACACGAGACUGGCAUAGUUCAUUACCUAAACACCGCCAAUAUAAUGUAUACCCUUCGGCCCCUCAACAGCAGUAUGUCUGAAAAGUACAAGCGAAUCGGGCGGCCGAGGAAGAUGAAAUUAUGGACUGAGCAGUGGAAAGAUGGCGAACUGGUAAUGCCAAUGAAGCCAAAAGAGGAAUUUAUAGGAGACUCAAUCGUCCUUGGAGACUUUGGUCUUGCUCAUAAAGAUUGUGUUUCGACUCAGAAGAUGCAGUCACCUGCUACACACUGCGCUCCUGAACGGGUACACAACAUCAGCCCGUCGUAUGGCUCUGAUGUUUGGAGUUACAUGUGCAUCUUUUUUGAACUCUACACAGGAACAUAUCUGUUUCAUGGAUGGGGACAUGCAUCAGUGGUGUCAUCUAUUGUUCAUACUCUUGGUCCCCUUCCAGAAUCUUGGAAGGGAACCUACCACGUUAGUGGCUCGGGUGAGGACAAAUGGUAUGAUAAGAACGGGAAAAUAUAUCCAGAAUUUGAUCUAGUGGAGAGGCUCACUCAGCUUUGUCCUGAUGUUAGCGCAAAAGAGUCGGAGCUGGUAGUGUUGAUCGUACGAAGGGGACUUGUCUACCAACACGAGAAACGGAUCACCGCGGCGGAGCUUCUUGUCUACGACCCAUUUAGAAAGCUGAUGAGCAUAUAUACACAAUAA